AUGUCGCGAACACAAACAAAAUUAUCAAGUCAUCAAAUACAAGAAUUACAUGAUGCAUUCAAUCUUUUUGAUCGAGAUAAAAGUGGAACUAUAUCAUCAUCUGAAAUUAAACAAAUAUUAAUUGCUUUAAAUUUUAAACCAACAGAUAGUUUACUUCGAAAAGUAAUGAAAGAAAUGGACAGUAAUGGUAAUGGUACGAUUGAAUUUGAGGAAUUUGUUAAAGUAAUGGGAAGUAUUUAUGAACGAAAAUUUACAGAAGAUGAAAUGCGUCGAGCAUUUACAUGUUUCGAUACAGAUCAGUCUGGUUAUAUUACAAUUGAUGAAUUACGUCAAGUUUUACAUCAAUUAAAUCAAAAUAUAAGUGAACAACGAAUUGUUGAUGCUUUAAAUCAAAUUGAUAUUGAUCAUGAUGGAAAAAUUAGUUUUGAAGAAUUUGUACAAUUAUUUCAUGAAGUAUGA